AUGGAAAUGUUGGCAUUCAACCCCGAGCUGCUCUUUUCUUUCCAAGCCUCGGAUCCGGGCUCGCGGGCCUUCCACCUACCCCUGAUCGAGCUCGCUGCAGUAGCUGUCCACCAAAUCGCAGUCUUUUUAUACAAGCAGGACACUAGGGUACAUGAUCGCCAUACCAGCGAUCCCAAUUACACGGUCGAUGGGGCGACGCCGUGGGAUUGGGAACCCCCUCAGCAGAGCGGCGAUUAUCCCUUACCAGACCGAAUCUUUGGCGGCGUCGUGCUCUUUGAUCGGUCACAGACGUGGCGACGCUGUGACGACGAGGGGCCGGGGGCUCCCGAGCCCAACUUUUACAUGCACUCAGCCCGCAACGAUGUCACCUUUCGCCUGUGGCAGGUCAAGAACGAGGAGCAGGAAGCCCUGGCUAGCUUUCUUUUGGCACCAACACCGGAAGCGGCGGCCGAUGGUCCCCUACCAAUUCUCCCAACGAGGAGCCACAGAGUCAGGAUCGACCCCGAUCGCGCCAUUGUCGAUAGCAAGGUGUAUAGGGACGUCUGGGAGCGGCCGGAACCCUUGCGUAACAGAGACCGCGACGACCGCCGGCCGCGGAAUUCUGAGGAUUACCCGGAGGAGGCGGAUGUGCGAGCUCAGCUUUUUGCGCUUCUUGAUAAUAAGAAGCCAGGCUCAGAGUGAGGGCACAGCAUGGAGUUGGCAGAUGGUUCCUUUGACAUGCGACCCCAAACAGAGUCUAUACCUAAGAUAGCUGCUGGGUUAGUCUGAAGGCAAGAGACGAUGGAUGGCGGCCAGCAGCGGCACGGCCGUCUCAUGUCUCUACACAACCCAUCUCAUAGCUCUGCUCACCAAACAAGGACGCGGUCGCCACUUUUAUGCCAUGCUGCAGGACCUCCAAGAUUCCCCUCUCCGGGGCA